UGUGUGGAGAGCACUCCCUCCCUCCCUGCUUACUGCGUCACAACACGCACGCCCUGUAGUUCCGUGGCAUCACUUCCGCGUGACUGGCGCUCCGCUUCCUGUGUUCUCGACGCGGACUGCAGCUCUGCGGUCAUACAGUCAUGAAGGCGCCUCGCUGCUUCGGAGUGUGUCUCGUGCUUCUGGCUGGAGUGUCCGCGGCAGGUGGCGCUGUUGGAGCGGCAGAAUAUAGUGGUUUCCCCGGGAACAGCAGUAAUCAAAGCAGCGCUGUGCUUACAGGGUUUGCAGAUCUGAGGUGUCCUGAUAACGUCAGCGUGGACUCACUCAACACUCGUUACGUGCUGCGGUGGGACUGGCCUCAUGAGACCGCCGUCAACCAGACCGUCACCUUCACUGCGCAGUAUCUAGCGUGUCAGAUGCCGUACUGGCAGAUAUUCCUGUACUUCCUGAUUUCUCUGCUGCUGAGCUUCCUGCUGGUGUUGCUGCUGUCCUUCUGCUUUUACAAGACGUUCACGCUCCUCAAGAACACCUUCUGCCCAGCCAUUCAACUCCCGGAUCACAUUCAGGAGCUGUGGUUAAGUGACUCGGAGAAGCCGCAGCUGCUGGCUCCUGAGUCUCCAGAGACUGUGUGUGAGAUGCUGGUCAUGGUCAGUGCUGAGCUGGACGCUGUGGCGGUGGAUGAGCACUCAAACGCUGAGGAACAGGACUCCAGCACACACGGCCGGCACGGCAGCGGAGACUCGGGCGUUUACUCCACAGAGGAGGACUCCUGUCACAGAUCUGACCUACAGAUGAGCAGCAGAAAGCACAGAGAAGAGCUGCAUGAUGGGACGCUGCUGGAGCUCUGAGCUUGAAACGGUCCACAGACGUCAGACGGACACGACUUCAGCUUUCUGCAGCUCUGCCUUUCUCUCUUCCAACAUCUGUCAGCUUAUUGUACACGCAGAGACAGCAGCACCUUGAUGACAUUUGAGCCAUACUUUUCAUUUCUGUAUGUUAACAUGCAGAUUUCUUAUGAUUCUUAUAGAAUCUUAAUUCAUUAUUGUCACUUUAUACCUUUGUUAGCUUUAACAACAGCAGCAUUUAAAAAGAGAAUGAACUGUCAUUUGUUAGAUUUGUUUUCUCACUCAUCUCCACUCAGCGUCUGAUUAAAAUCUCUAUCAUGUAACUGACUUGUUCUUGUUCACAUUCUCAUCCCCAUCAGUUUUUAAAUGGUCAUAUUUCCAGUCUUUAGUCCUAUAAGGUUAUAGUCACGUUUGUGUCAGAAGCGAUCAGUCAGUGGAGACGGCAUUGUAAGUGUUUACUGAAGACCCGCUCUCUGUUGUUUACAUUAAUAUUUCCUGGAUAUACAGUAUAUAUAUAUAUAUAUAUAUAUAUAUAUAUAUAUAUGUUAUAGAUUUGCUAGGAAGGAUUUAGUUGUUCUACUGUUUAGGCAAGAAAAAGCUAUUUGCUACAUGUGUAGCUUGUUACAUCUGUUGCGUUAAAGUAGGGCUGCACGAUUAUGAC